AUGUGCUUAGCACCGUUACCUGUGCACGCAAUGCUGCACCACGUCCAUGGCACCUUCCUUCUCGUCGGGGGCGUGUCUGACGGCUUUUGCCUGGCCGAUACCUGGGUCUCUGAGACUGGUGUCGACUGGACACAGGUCGAAGGCGUGAUUUCCCAGGACUUCUUUCGAGCGAUUCCCCUUAUCGCCCACUCGCCCUCCGUCGUGGACAAAGACGGUUGCGUUUGGAUUCUUGGUGGGCAGUGCAAUGACGAUUCUGGAACCCUGUGGAAGACGUGUGACAUCGGGCGUUCCUGGAUGCACAUGCCCAGAUCCCGUGCCAUCCCUUUUGGUCAGGAAGUGCCGCCCAGCUUCCCAUCAACCUUUCGAGACCAUGCGUUGGCGAUCUUGGGGGGUUGGCAGCUGGUAAUAGCGGAUGUCUCACCGGACAGCAGCGAAGCCAUUUGGAGGUUUGUGGCUCCGGAUGCCGAAAGGGUUCAGCGAGUUGGAGGUGGACGUGCUGACGAUCCCAGCCGUGCCGCCCCACUGGGCUUCGGCCUUCGUCGUUCCCCCAAGCUGCUGGCCACCUCCACUGCUGGACUGUUCCUCGUCGGAGGCCACCUUUGCACCCCCGGAGAGAGGCUCUGCAGCGCGGUCUUCAACGACGUUUGGUUUAGUCCAGACGGUGGUGCUCAUUGGCAUUGCAAGACGAAGAGCUACGCUGCGGGAUGGGACAUGAUUCAACUCCUCAACUGGCACGGCGUCGGCAUCCACUUCAGGGCAGAGCUGACGCAGGACGACAGUAUCUACAUGCUUGGUGGCCAGAUCCCGGGGACCGAGGAAGCUUCCGCUUUCGUUUACCAGUCGUACCUUGGACUUGAAGACGUGUACCUGACGGACAGAGAGCCCUUCAUGAUCCUGCCCGGGUCCAUCGAGAUGGGGGAGCCCCCUGCGCUUCCCACAGACGUCUUCCGGCUCUUCUUCGGGGAGCAGGUGAGGCCGGAGCCCGGGCGCCGCGCUCGCUUCGUCGAGCUGCCUGGCAACUACACAUACGAGAACGAGACGGAACGGGGAGAAGGAAUGGAUGACUGGGAUGUCAGAGCAGCGACGAUCUCGACGACCGGGAAGGAGCUCGUCCUUCGGCCGCUCAUGCCACUUCUUCAGGGACGGCGCUACCAAGUUGAGAUCGAUGCCCACGUAGUCCAGGACCGGGCUGGAAACCAUUUCGGUUAUCUGCGCGGUCCGGGGCUCCAGGUCCACAUCCUCGAAGAUCGAGAGGCGCCGCGCCUCAUGUCGAUGAUGCCCGGCAGUGGCUCGACAGGAGUCGAACCCUGGGCUGUGCUUACCUUGACCUUCAGCGAGGCUGUGGAGAGUGGUCAGGGCAGCCUCCAGGUGAUGCCCAAGAUCGCUUACGGGGCCAUGUUGGAGCUUCCGGUGUCUCAGGCAGUCCUAGUGCGCGAGAAGGUAAUCUUCAAGCUUCCGCCGGGACAGCGCUACACACCUGACAUGGAAUACAUGGUCUCCUUGCCUACGGGGCUUCUCCGCGAUCGAUUGGGGAACGAGGUUGCAGCUACCAGUGCUGGAUCCUUUACCACGCUGAGCGGGGUGGUCACCACGAGCGAUUACACCGGUGCCGGCAUGCCUCGAAUUCCAACGGCCGACGAAGCUGUGGAGGGCUUUCCAGACCUUCUGGCAACGUGGCCCUUCCAAGGUGCAACGGACGUACCUCCUCGAGCGAACAUCGAAGUUUUCCUUUACUUCGCGGCCCCUGUGGAGUGGACUUUGGUGGGCCAAGUGCGCCUGCGCAACGAGACUGAUGUGAUGACGACGAUUCCUACCAGCGAGUAUGUGCCAGGGAGGCCCGGACCCCUCGAUGUGCUUCCGCAGCACCGCGCUGUGAAGGUGAGACUGCCGACGCCUGGGGGCUUCCCGAUGCUGCGGCUUGGGCAGAGCUACACCUUGAUACUGGAUUCUGGCUCGCUGCAGGACAUUGGAAUGGGGAAUAUGAGCGAAGCCAUCCGGGUGGAGUUCAAGUGUCUGGAGAUGCUGCAGGGCACAGCCAGUCCUCGCGCUGUGGCCGCCGACGUUGCGCAGGGCGAGACCCAGGUGCCAGGAUCGCGGCACAUCUUCAGCGUAUGGUACAGCGAGGCUGGUUAG